GAAACGGGAAAAAGCUUCCACUUGCUAUUGCUCUAACGUCUCGUCUUCUUGUGCUCCGAAUAUGAAGUCGUCGUCAGUGCUCUCCGUUGCUUUGAUUGUUCUCGUCAUCGUUCAAUUGAUCUCCGCAUCACUAGCAUCUGUCCCAUCAUCAUCUGCAGUUUCCGAUGGACAAAUUGACUUUGAUGCACUGGCGGCUAAAAUAGAAAUGCUCCGACCAAACAGAUACUGGAAAAGAGCCCACAACAUUGACACUCGCGCCCUAAAUCAAUUCAAAAACUGCUACUUUUCACCAAUUCAAUGUGUUCUCAUGGAACGUCGUCGUAAAUAGAUUCCCUUGUUCAUCAUUCCCUCAACCUCUUUUUCAAAUAUUAAAAAAACUGCUCUGUUCCAUGUGUGUGUGUUCAUGUUUCAACCUGUGUUUCAACCACCCACAGAUCUCCAAAAAAUGUUAUGGUUUUGAAAUCUAAAGAAAAUUUCUACUUUGCCCCAGUCUUUUUUGUGUCUUUUUUUUUGAAUGAAAGACAAUGUUAUG